AUGGAGAACGAAACCAAUGGAUUUCAUCAUAUAGAACUACAUACAAUCCAUCCUGAUUAUAUUCUUGAUUUAUUUAUACGAAUCUAUGGUUUUCAAUUAAUUGCUAAACGUAACACAUUCAAUUAUUCUCAAUGGUUUCUUAAAUCAUCUCAAUGUCAAUUAUUAAUCUCAUCAGUGCUAAAUAUCGAUCUACAUAAUGAAAACAAACCUAAUAAUGAUCAUUAUGAUAUUUUAACAACAAUACUUAAUAAUGAAAAUACACGUGAUUUCAUUAUCGAUCGUGAUACAACAUUUAAUGUAGCUCUUCAUGUAAAAUCUGUGCAAACAAUUUUUGAUAAGAAUCCCGACGUACAAGUACUUGUAUCACGUCGACAAGCUGUUGAUGAGUAUGGAACAAUAGAAUAUGCUUGUAUCAAAUCAUGUAUUGGAAAUGUAGUACAUACAUUAAUCAAUACAUCUGAAUAUUCAGGAUCUUGUUUACCAGGCUUUGUAUCGAUAUCAAAUUCGGAAAAGCAAGAAUCAAAUGAAUCGUUGAUAGAUAGUAUUGAUCAUAUUGCAUUUGCUAUACCGAAAAAUUCAGCCUUAUCAGCUGUUAUUUGGUAUGAAAAAGUACUCGGAAUGAAACGAUUCAAAGUUAAUCAACAAGAUGAUCCAUUUCAAGGAUUUUCUGUACAUGUUGGCACUAUGGGUAUGCGUUUAUUUGCUAGUGAAUACUGGAAAUGUGCUGAAACAGCUUGUAUGAAUGAUAAGCAAUCAAAUUUAAAAUUUGUUUUUGCUGAAUCAUUAAUUGAUAGCAAUUCAAAUUCAACUGAUCAAAUAACAAAGUUUAUUGCUAACCAUAAGAAUCAACCUGGAAUUCAACAUCUUGCACUAUAUUGUAUGGAUAAUAUAAAAAAUGCUGUACGUAUAACAAAAACAAAUGGUGCUCAAUAUUUACUUCCGUGUCAAGAUUAUUAUUUGAAAGAGAAUAAUGGUUAUAUAAUUGAAGCAACCGGUGAAAAUGUUAGUGAACUCGCUGAGUUAGGUAUUUUAUUGGAUGAUGAAAGUGAUAAUCAACAAGAAUUGAAAUCAAAUAAAAAAGUACUUCUACAAAUUUUUACCAAAUCAAUAUUUAAUAAUGAUACAUUCUUUUUGGAACUUAUCGAACGACGUGGUGCUAUUGGUUUUGGAGCUGGAAAUAUACGAACUUUAUGGAAAAUAGUUCAACAACAAAUAGAUUCUCGUAGAUAA